GGAGAGUUGUCAGUUAUUCACUCAAUAUGAAGAUUGGCACCCAUAGCGGCGUUUUCCACUGCGACGAAGUAUUGGCAUGUUACAUGCUUAAAUGUCUUCCAGAGUACAAAGAUGCUGAAAUUAUUCGCUCUAGAGACAAGGACGUACUCGAGCAAUGUGAUAUAGUUGUGGAUGUGGGUGCAGAAUUUGACCACAAAAGGAAACGUUAUGACCACCAUCAAAGGAGCUUCACAGAAACUUUGAGCUCCUUGAGACCCGAAUGUGGUGAUAAGUAUAAAAUUAGAUUAAGUUCUGCAGGCCUCAUUUAUGCAUUUUAUGGCGAAAGAGUUAUUCAAAACUUGGUUCCUAAAAAUAAUCCUUUAUCACCAGAGGACCUUAGGGUCAUUUAUAAAAAAAUUUAUGACAAUUUUAUAGAAGAGAUGGAUGCCAUCGAUAAUGGUGUUCCAAUGACAGAUAAAGAGCCAAAUUAUCAAAUACGCACUCACCUAAGUGCUCGAGUGAAUAAGUUAAACCCAGAGUGGAACACUAAACAAAAUGUGGAUGUGGAUAAAGUAUUUGUAAAAGCCAUGGAUUUAGUUAGUAAAGAGUUUCUGGAUGAAGUAAACUAUUUCUCCUCUGUUUGGUUACCAGCACGGGACUAUGUGAAAUCAUCUUUGGAGAGUAGAUUCCAAAUCCAUGAAUCAGGAACGAUAGUGGUGUUCAACGAACGGUUUCCAUGGAAAGAACAUUUAUUUGACCUUGAAAACGAAAUGGAGCUCGAGGGUGUAAUUAAAUAUGUCUUGUUCAAUGAUUUGCCUGAUUGCUGGAAAAUACAAGCCGUACCUGUGAGCCCAACUAGUUUUAUUCCCAGGACACCUCUGCAUAAGAAAUGGUGGGGUGUAAGAGAUGAAAUCCUGAGCAGUGAAGCAGGCAUCAAAGAUUGCAUCUUUUGCCAUACCACUGGUUUCAUAGGUGGGAACAAGACCAGGGAGGGUGCCUUGAAAAUGGCGAUUGCCAGUUUGGAGGCAGAAAACUAGAAAAAUUUUGUUAAUAAAAAAAUGUGAAGGAUGUUUUAUUGAAUUUUAUACUGAAUC